AGAGAGAGAGAGAGAGAGAGAGAGAGAGAGAGAGGGAUAGACACACAGAGACAGAGGGGGGAGAGAGAGCGCGCGAGAGGGGACCAAGUGGACCGAGGUGAUCGAGUGCUAACAAACCUCCAAGGGGCUGCCGGCUUGUAUCAGUGUGCGCACACAGGACCAGCGUUCCGACCAUGGGGCUGCCAGCACGCUGCCCGGGACCCUGCUCCGUCCUCCUGGCGCUGACCCUGCUGCUCACGGGACCCGGCACGGUGCUCGGCCUCGGCCAGAACGACACGGAGCCCAUAGUGCUGGAGGGGAAGUGCCUGGUGGUGUGCGACUCGAACCCGUCCUCGGACGGAGGAGUUACUUCCUCGCUCGGGAUAUCCGUGCGUUCUGCCGGGGCGAAGGUGGCAUUUUCCGCCGUGCGCGGGACCAAUCACGAGCCGUCCGAGAUGAGCAACACGUCCAUGACCAUCUAUUUCGACCAGGUUUUAGUGAACAUCGGCAACCAUUUCGACCUCAAAGCCAGCGUGUUCCAGGCUCCGAGGCGGGGGAUCUAUAGCUUCAGUUUCCACGUUGUAAAGGUCUACAACAGACAAACCAUACAGGUGAACCUGAUGCAGAACGACUACCCGGUGAUCUCUGCGUUCGCCGGUGACCAGGACGUCACGAGAGAAGCGGCCAGCAACGGGGUGCUGCUGAUGGUGGAGCGCGAGGACCGGGUGUACCUGAAGCUGGAGCGGGGAACCCUCAUGGGCGGAUGGAAAUAUUCCACCUUCUCGGGCUUUCUGGUCUUCCCCGUAUAAUCCCGCAAAACCCCGCGGAUUCCUGCCCCCCCCCCCCCCCC